AUGGCCCUCCCUCACCCGGCCCAACGCGAGGGGCUGGACCCGGGACCCCCAGCCGUCAGGGAGCAACGCUGGGAAAGGGUCCCAGGGGCGAGGGGGGGCCGAAAUCAGGAACCCAGAGCCCCCCUGGGGCUACCCACCUGGGGCUCCCAGCGCAGCAGGGGUCCCAGCCGGAGGACACGGCUCCCGCCCUGUCGCAGCGUGCUGCGCCCGAAGACCGGCUGGAAGCGCAGCGCCGCGCAGCGCCCAGUCCCGUGCGUCCCCCCGGAUCCCUCGCCAGGACCCCCGUCGCUGGCCCGGCAAACUGGCGCUUUACCUGAAGCCGCAGCCCCAGCCGCGCCCGCACCCGAGCCCGCCCCCUCGAAGCUCUGGGACCCGGUUUUCAAGGCUUUGACGCUAACUGACGGUCACGCCAGCCAACCAGCACGCGAGGCUCUCCAAGCUGUCCAAUGGGCACAUUGGACACUGUCUGAAGAUGGUUUGCGUUGUCAGGAUGUGCGGGCUGCUAACAUCUAGUGGAUGGAGACCAGAAAUGCUGCUCUCCACCCUGUAAGGCUCACCACCACGGAGAAGGGUCGGGCCCCAGAUGUCCACAAAUCUGUGUAAGAGAAUGUUCUUUAUUCUAAGGAAAUAUGAAUUGAAUUAUAUAUAUUAAAUAAUAUAGGAAUAAAUGGA